GGGGGGCCAGUGGCGGGUGGCCGGCCCGGGGCGCAGUGAUGUCAGGCGGGGGCGGGAGCUGGCGCAGGUAGAUAAAGCCGGGGAGAACAGGAAUCCCCGGUCCGGCGGGAGCCUGGCGGGACGCGGCGGGCGCCUGCAGCAGAUAAUGCCAUGGAGGGGGGGGCUCAGCCGAGCAGCCUCCGGGACCCCCCCGGGCCGGGCGGCGCAGAGCAGGACGGGGUCCCCGGUGAGCGGGACGGGGGCGAGGGGCCCCCUGAGGUCAAGCGCUCGCAGCCUCUCUUCAUCCACAGCAGCAGCCGGCCGGUGCCGCAGGAGGAGCCGCGCGCCUCGUCGCUGCCCGCCAUCCCCAACCCCUUCCCCGAGCUCUGCAGUCCCUCCAACUCGCCCAUCCUCAGCAGCCCGGCCCUGGGGCAGGGACCCCCCCGUGAAGGUGCUUCACAUGUGGUGAAGGUGUUCGGCGAGGACGGCGCGUGCCGCUCACUGGAGGCGUCGGCGGCCACCACGGCGCGGCAGCUCUGCGAGACGCUGGUGCGGAGGACGCGGGCGCUGCAGGACCAGAGCUGGGCCCUGGUCGAGCUGCACCAACACCUGGCGCUGGAGCGGUGCCUGGAGGACCACGAGGCGGUGGUGGAGGUGCAGAGCUCCUGGCCCCCCGGCGCCGACAGCCGCUUCGUGUUCCGCAAGAACUUCGCCAAGUACGAGCUCUUCAAGAGCAACGCGCAGUCCCUCUUCCCCGAGGUGAUGGUUUCCAGCUGCCUGGAGGCGAACAAGAGCAUGGCGCAUUCUGAGCUCAUCCAGAACUUCCUCAACUCGGGGAGCUGCCCCGAGGUCCAGGGCUUCCUGCACCUGCGGGAGCCGGGGCGCAAGGUCUGGAAGCGUUUCCACUUCUCCCUGCGCCGCUCGGGGCUCUACUACUCCACCAAAGGCACCUCCAAGGACCCCCGGCACCUCCAGUACUUCGCUGACCUCACGGAGUCCAACAUCUACUACGUGACGCAGGGCAAGAAGCUCUAUGGGACACCCACCGAGUUCGGCUUCUGCAUCAAGCCCCACAAGGUGCGGAGCGGUGUGAAGGGGCUGAAGCUGCUCUGCAGUGAGGAUGAGCAGAGCCGGAGCUGCUGGAUGGCAGCUUUUCGACUCUUCAAGGCCCAUUGCCCCCAGUACGGCAUGCAGCUCUACCGCAACUACCAGCAAGCGCAGGCGCGGCUGAGCCAGCCCUCCUGGAUCGGCCCCACGCCCCUGCGAAGCGUCUCGGACAACGCGCUGGUGGCCAUGGACUUCUCGGGGUGCACGGGCCGGGUGAUCGAGAACCCCAGCGAGGUGCUGACGGUGGCCCUGGAGGAGGCACAAGCCUGGAGGAAGAAGACAACGCACCGGUACAGCCUGCCGGCGGCUUGCCAGAGCUCCCCGCUCAGCGCCGCCAUCCACCGCACCCAGCCCUGGUUCCACGGGCGCAUCUCCCGGGAGGACACCCAGCAGCUCAUCGGCCGACAGGGCUUGGUGGAUGGUGUCUUCCUGGUGCGGGAGAGCCAGCGCAACCCCAAGGGCUUCGUCCUGUCCCUGUGUCACCUGCAGAGAGUCAAACACUAUCUCAUCCUGCCGAGCGAGGAGGAGGGCCGGCUCUACUUCACCAUGGACGACGGGCAGACGCGCUUCGCCGACCUCAUCCAGCUCGUGGAGUUCCACCAGAUCAACCGCGGGAUCCUGCCCUGCAAGCUGCGGCACUACUGCACCUGCGUGGCCCUCUGAGCGCCCACCGCCACACCGCAUGGCACCGCCGGCACGGCACGGCACAGCCUGGCAAAGCCCAGCACGGCUCGGCACUGCCAGCGUGGCUCGGCACAGCCCGGCACUCUUGGCACUGCUCAGCACAGCCUGGCGUUGCCGGCACAGCUUGGCACAGCCUGGCGUUGCUGGCAUGGCUCAGCACAGCCCGGCAUGGCUCGGCACAGCCCAGCGUGGCUUGGCACAGCCCAGCAUUGCCGGCACAGGGCGGUAGGACUGGAGCCAGCUCAGCGCAGCGCACACAGGGACAAUGACAUCUCCUCUAUCACCAGCCACCCCCCUGUUGUGCCCAGCUCUGCCUGUGGAGUCCUGGGGUGCCAGUGCCGCUGGGCCCCCCACACUCAAGCACUUUCUCCCCCCCACCCAGCACCGGCCCCAAGUGUCUCCAAGUGUCCCUGGGGGGCCUGACACCCCUCCUUCCCCAGGCCAGGUGGGUCUGGGGGUCCUCAGCCCCAGGAUUGGGGUCCCGGGGGCGGGGGUGAGGGGUGCACCCGCCACUGUGUCCCCCACGUCCCCGCAAGGCCAGUCAAACUGUGACGUGUUUUAUACAGCAAGAAUAAAGGUUAUUUUUUCAGAA